AUGUCUUUCAUAAUACUGACUCUGCUCCUAGCAGUAAUCCAACUAUUUGGCCAAAUAGACAACGUGUUUGGUUUUGAAAUAGACAUCUCUGAAGCUCCUUGGCAGGCAUCAGUUCUGGUGCAUGACAAGCAUCGUUGCGGCGGGGUGAUCUACAAGGAUAAUGUCAUCCUAACCAUUGCUCAGUGUGUCAAAGGUGCUAGAACGGGUAACCUUGCGGUUCGAGUGGGCUCCGACCAGAUGGAUCUCGGCGGUCAAGUGGUACCCGUAACAAAGGUGGUCAUGCAAUUGAUGGGUUCGCGUCCCAGUGAUGUGGCCAUCCUGACUCUAAAGGACUCCGUUGAAUUGAACGACAACGUCAAACCCAUUGAGUUGGCCAGCAGAACCCCAGGACGGGCACUAAGGCCUCAGUCACUGGCUGGGCAAAUGUGGUGGGUGAAGAGCCUGCUGAGGAAAUUUUAA